AUGUCUGCGGAUCUUCCUGUUAUCUCUGAGAACAGCGCAUUUGAUAUUUCCGUGACUGCAGACUUAAAGACAGCUAUAGACCCCUUUGCCAAUGCGGUCACAAGCUCUCUCGGCUUUAGAUUAUCAUCAAUGCUGCCAGUUGAAGUCCAAAGCCCUAAAAUCACUGACAAAACAGAAAGAAUCGAAAAUUACUAUGAUUCCAUUGAAAAAUCACCACCAGAUGAAACAUUAACGGAAGAUUAUGAACACUUUUUAGAAUAUAUCGACGAGCAACUUGAACAAUUUUACAAGGAUCACCCGUACAGAAUGAGAGUAUUCCUUACAGCUGAAAAUGAAAAUGGAACUCGUUAUUUCUUAUCAUCUUUUAUUCGCCCGUCAGUUUUACCUCUUUUAGCAGCUCAUACUGUAGAACUUGCUGCUAAUUUUGUUGCAAAUCUCAUCGAGUAUCAGAUUCUUUUCGAUUUCUUCUCCCAACCCCGUACAAUUACAACUCCAAACUUUACUGUUGCUUGCCAGAAAGGAGACUGCUUUGAUAUGUCAGUUCUCUUAACAACAAUCCUUACUGGUAUUGGCUACGAUGCUUGCGUCAUUGUUGGCUACGCAAAUCGCGAACUUACUUUAUCAGAUUUACGUUACAGAAAUUGCCCAGGAGUUGCUGAGCCUCCGAAGGAAGAUGAUGGUGACAAAGGCCCAGAAAACAAGUAUCUGAAGGCUGUUUCUGGAAGACUUCUUAAUCUCGAAUCUUCAUUUGUCGAAUUACAGAAGAAUCCACCUCCGCCACCACCACCACCGAAAGUUAUUCCAACUCCACCACCGGAUGAGUACGAUGGCCGUCGUAUGCACUGCUGGAUUAUGGUUUCUAAGACAGGACGUAUUGAAAUACCAGAAACAAUCUUCAUUGAUGUUUCCACAGGCGAUAAGUACCCAAUUACAUCACCAUUAUUCGGUUACAUCGAAGUUGUUUUCAAUCAUAAGAAUGUUUGGAUCAAUCUUCAGCCAAAUGACUUUGAGAAGAGUGAAGAUUCCCUCGAUUUCGCUAAUACAGACCUUUGGCAGGCCGUUAUCCCAGAAACAGACAUAAAGAUUCCAUCUCCAGUUGUUGAACGCCUUGACGUUCCAGAAAACGAGAUUUUCCGCAUGUAUCCAAAGGUUGUGUCCGCUGAUGGCUGCUCUGAGCAGAAUAUGAAGAAACUUUACUGGUCAGACGCAAUUGAAGAACGCUAUGCACCAUAUACAAGGCAGGAUGGUCUCUAUCGCAGGUUCUUUAUUUUCGAUAAGGAUCCAAGCGAUAUUCGUGAAAUUCGUGAACAAUUCGAACAUCUUAGACAACAUCUUGUUGAACGUCGCAUAUUCCUCAAGUCACAGGAAAUGCUUGAAACAUUCGAGCCAGGAACAAUUAUUCCAACGCGCGAAAACAACAAAGGAGAGAAACAACAACAAAUCGGACAAAUUUACGAAAUUAAACGUCCAAUCGGUAUCACAACACACAAGAUUAAGCACAACGAAUGCCGUUUACUCGAAUUCGAUGAUACAAGUAGAAUAGAUUGCUUGAAAUCUCGUUUAGAAGUUUUCGGUACAAAGAUUGUCGAAAAGUUCGGUGAUAGAGAUGAUGGUCUUUGCGAGAGAAAGAUUUGCAUCGUUCCAGAAAGCUCUUCAUCCAACUCUGAGACCCAAUUAUACGAUGGUGGUCCAAAGAUCGAAAGAAUGACACAGAAAUACAGACAUCCAUCUCUUGUUCAAACACACCAUACAACAACAUACGCUGUAUCCCAUUCUAUUUACAAAGUCGCCUUCGAUUUCGUUACAAAUAAAUUAACCGUCGUUUACCAUCACCAGCCAGGCUGCAUCACAGAUUUCUCAAUAGAAUUCGUUACACCUACAGAAGCCGAUAAAGAUAAGGAUUACAUCGCUAUUCCAUCAAAAUUCUGCCCGAACCCACCAGAAAUCGAUAACUGGACAAUGAACGAGAUCCAGAACCAAUUACUUGCCAUCAGAAACCAAGGAACAGCUGAUGCAGAAGCGAUUGCCAAGGAAAUGGUCCAAUGGAUACAGUUCAGAACAGACGAAGAGAGCAGACCAUUCUACAAGAUGAAGUCCGUAGAUAUCGUUUUACAUCGCAAGAUUUACGCCCAGGGCGAACAAGCCGAGAUUCUUGUCGAAAAGCCACCACCAGAGCCAAAGGCCGAAGGAGAAGACGAUGCUUCCAAGAACCAACAACAAUUGUCCGCGGACGACCCACUUUGCGUUUAUUUCCCUGUCGAUCCGAAUACAGAGUUCACAGCAGAAGUUGCCGCUGACAUUUACAGAAAAGCCGUUACAGCUUUACAAGACAGAAUUUACAAGGAAGCGAAGUACUUAGUCAACAGAUUAGAUCAGGAACAGACAGCCCUCAAAUCGAAGAUCAGAGAAUACGAUAUGGAUCAGCAUCAGUCUCGCUCAAGAAAGCAGGGCGACGAACACAACAACUUCGUUACAACGAAGGCAUUCUUGAUUACAGUUCUCCAGAAGAGAAUUGCAAGAUUCUACCAGACAGCAAUCAACAGGCUGAAGGACCUUAUUACAAGACUGAAGAACCAUCCAAAACUUUCUCCAUUCUUGGGUCCAACAGAUAUCUCGGAAGAAGAAUUCAAGACAAGAAUAGAAGGUAUCCUCAAACCAAAGGAUAAGAAGAACUAA